AUGGCAAACGUGACGGCUCCCCCUGUCUUCUUUGGGUCGGAAGAAAAUCUCAGCACUGAAGAGCGCGUUGAGCAGCGACGUCGCCAACAGACCGAAAUUGUUCGUUGGAAGUAUCGGUAUCAGAAGACCGACGCUAUCACGCCUGGCGAAACUGUUGAAGCCUACCAGAUACGAUGCAUAAAUAAGCGGUUGGUUCAUUUGGAGCGCGAGAAAGCUCACAAAGCGCUUAAACAGAAAGUCUUCAAUGCUCCCGUCCACCGUCGUGAGGCAGAAAUUGUUCGUGGCCACGUUCUGCGGAUGCUGGAUGAUGCCGUACGGUAUGAUAAACAGAUCGAUUCCGCCAAAACUGAUAUGAACGAGCUAAUGUCGCAAAUAAAGCGCGCCAACAAGGAGCUAGGAUGCGCCAGCAAGGCCGUUCCCUCGGACUUUAUUUACAAGAAAGCGCUGGAAAAAUCUCUUACAGAGCUGGCGGCUCUUGAAACCCGGCUUCACAAUGCUCGUCUGCUGGAAGGUAAGUUGCACACGGCAAAUCGCAAACACCGGCGGGAGAUAGAGAAUAAACUCGGCGAUCGCAAGCUUUACAAUAAACAAUGGCAGCAAUAUGUGGGUGAGCUGAGUAGAAACAGGAAAUUUUUGCUCGACAUGAUCGAACGCGCCACGUUGGCUUUCAACCAGGGUGAAGAUCUGUGCUACCGGAUCGAUUCGCUUAAAGCACAGGAAAACCGGGAUAAGCGGGCCCGUGUGCAGGAGAUGCUAGAGAUGGAACGUCAGAUUGUGGGCACACGGUAUGUCAACGAGUUUCUGCGUACGAAGGGUUUCCAACGGGCCGUGACGAACCUCGAUCCGAGAUUGGUCCGAAAGCGCAGUCUGUUCAAGGCAGCUCACCGGGAUAAAAUCGAUUGUUUUGGUACGAUCAUCGACGAUACGAAAGAGUACUUGCAGCUUGCCGCUAUACAGGACAUUCUGCUGGAAAUAGAAAAACAGCAGGACAAGUAUACGGCACUGUUCCGGUAUUUGAACGUAACAAAUGCAAAAAUUGAGGAAGCCAACGGCAUUGCACGUGAUCUCGAGAAAAAAAGUGAGCAUCUGCAUGAAGCUGCAAAACGGCAAAGGUUUGCGGACGAAAGGAACCUGAAACAGGACAUGCGCCAGCAGCUCAUCACCCAGCAGCACUCGAUGCAACUGCAAGAGGAAGUGCGUCAGCAAAAGGAUGCACUGGAAGCGAAGCUCGCCAUUGUUGAACAGGCUCUAUCGGUGGUUGGAUUCGAUCAAACCAAAAUACAUAAGCUUAUGGCGGCAACGACCAGUUCCGAUCGUGACCCUUUGACGGAGGAGAUCUUGAUGAAUGCUCUACUGGCCAUCGAACGGAUGGUGCUGGAGUUGGUUCGAUUGAGUUCGGAUGACACCGGGGUGGAGAAGGAUGCACCCAUCAGUGUCCUGUAUGGUAGCCAACAGUGUGCCGAGUGUGCCGAGGGCCAGGACGUGAAUCAGCACGACGAGCGUAUAGUGCUGCCGGCGGAACAUCAGCAGUUAAUGGAGAAUGUACUAAAACGUGCUACGGCCCCGGAAAUGCAAUACCGGCUGCACACACUCAGUCAGUGCAAACUACCCCGCUCGCGGAUGCUGGUUAAUAAACGAUACAUGUAA